AUGUACAAUGUUAUCAUACCAACAUACAAUGAAAGAGAGAACAUCAAGGUUCUGCUACAAAUGGUUUCCGAUGUUAUGAGCAAUGAGGGAGAGCCGUUCAAGAUAGUUGUUGUGGACGACAGCAGCCCUGAUGGGACCUAUGGAGUUGUGGAAUCGAUGGGGUUACCCAAUGUGUGCCUCUUAUCUAGAAAGAAGAAGCUUGGGCUUGGAAGUGCAUACAGGACAGCUCUCAAGCACUGCGAGUAUCCGUUCACCAUUGUAAUGGAUGCAGAUUUAUCCCACGACCCUAUGUACAUCAGAACUAUGAUUGAGAUUCAAAAGCAAGGGGCUGAGAUUGUUGUAGGAAGCAGGUAUUCUGAGAAAGGAGGUGUUUAUGGGUGGUCUAUGAAGAGAAAGAUCAUAAGCCUUGGGGCAAAUAACCUUGCCAGGACGUUCCUCAACUUAAAUGUGUCAGAUGUCACAGGAAGCUUUCGAUUAUACAAAACGGAGGCAUUCAGAGCAUUGGUUGAAAAGUCUGUGUCUACAGGGUAUUCCUUUCAGAUGGAGCUGAUGUGCUUGGCAAAGAGACACGGGCUAAAGGUGUCUGAGUGUCCAAUUGUUUUUCACGAGAGGAAAAGGGGGGAGUCGAAGCUAUCUCUGAUGGAGAUUGUGAUGUACUUAAGGACGAUAGCCUUACUGUUUUUUAGCGUUUAA